AUGCUUCUUACCGAAUUGUGUAAAACACCGCACACCCAGCUCCGACCAUUUCUCACCAACCUGAACGGUGACAGUUCAUGGUUGAUAUCACUUCCGAGACCGGCCGCAGACAACUCAAGCUCAGCAUACUUUCAUAUUCUUCUAGACCCUUGGCUCAGUGGUCCAGCCGUCGAAAUUGGGUCUUGGUUCAGUCACUUGACCCAUAUCGAGAAGGAGGCAUUUCCCAGCAUAUCGGCAGUUCAUGAUCUGGUUUCCGACAUCACGGAUACCACGAUCAGAGAAGGGCAUAAAGGCGUCCACCGGAAACGGAAGGGCAAUGAGAUCCGCAGCCUGCCACAAAUUGAUGCAGUCAUCAUUUCACAUAAUCUUAGUGACCAUAUGCAUAAAGAAACUUUGCUUCAAGUUAGUUGUGAAGUUCCCGUAUUUGCUGUCCUAGAAGCGGCGUCAACCAUCAGAACAUGGAACUAUUUUAGCUCUGUCCUGGACAUACCUGAUUAUAAACUGACUUAUCCAUCAUUGAUCCAUACUCGCACUGCACCUCUACCUGACUGGUUGAGCAUUCUCCGGGUCUCGGCCCAAGAAUACCAUCCAGCACUGCACUAUGGGAUCAUGAUUGCUUUUUCAAAGGAAUUUGGAACUGUCGAAGACCAGGGAGGGGAAUGUAUCCUCUACUCUCCUCACGGUAUUCAACCCUGUCGUAUCCAACCGAUCAUCGAAUCGAACCCAGGUCUUCGUAUAUUGGCUUUGCUCCACGGGUUGGACGAGCCUACUGUCCUGGGUAUUGCUAUCUGGGCGUGA